AUGGUGACCCACCACCUCGACCUGCACGACGGGGACCUUGAGGAGGCCCUGGGCUUGAGGUCAGUCGGGCCGCGCGGCGGCAUCGGCACGGUCUACGGGAGGCUGCGGCGCACCGACAUGGACGAGUUCGACCGUCGACGGUUUGAGCUUCUUCGGGCCGCCCGCGAGUGUGCUGAGCAGAUUCGUGCCGAGGAGGGCCUUCCUGCUCCUGGCGACGGCGGCCCCAUGCUUUUGGGUGACGCUGCCGCCGGCGAUCCUGCCGGAGCCGGACUUCCACCACUUCCUGCCCCUGCUGGUCCGCCGGCUCUCGGCGCGGGCGACUCGGGGGAUGCACUUCGGAACUCGGAGGCGACCGAGGCCCGAGACGGCUAUGAGAUCGACGACCUCAUCUCGAGGGUGAGGGCCAAGGUGGUCUUCGGCGAUCGAGGCGUGCCUGAGCUGUCUGCUGGGAACACGUUGGCGGUGGCGCUGACCGGCACCACGUCGCGGCCCACGCCACCCGACCACAAUGACAUCCUCGGAGAUCGGAGCAGACCGUUCCCGGGCGCGGUGAACGCGAUGCAGCUCGUGAGCGUCGAGGGCUGGCCUAUCGUUGGUCCUCGUACUUGCUUGUGGUUGCCCACGCAGCUCGUCAAGCUGAACUUCACCCCGAUGCAGAGGUGCCACUGGUGGCGCCAGAUCCUCGGCUUGUCUGCUGAGGAUACGGAGGUUGACGAACAUACCUUUCUCAGCGAGGUGCUGGAGGUCGGGUGCCAGAUCGACCAGGUGUGCCCGCCCAGCCUCGUGUUCUUCGAGAUGGUGUGCUGGAGGUGCCAGCUGUGGGAGGAGGUUAAGGAAGCCGUGAUCCUGAAGGAAAGGAGGGAGGGCCGGGAGGAGAAGCUCCUGGCCGCUGGUGAAGGCGCCAACCCCUCUGGUCAGCCGGGGCCCAAGAAGAAGCCCAAGAAGCCGAAGACGGCACCCGUGGACUACCCGGUGCCGCAGUUUUGCGUCAUGGACAUUGUCGACUCGUCUCGCGACCUGCUUCCGAUCCCACUGGGUGUUGGGCUGGAUUCAGUACUGCAUGGCUCGGGUGCUGGCCGGGUCGACUUGGGCUCGCUCACGCCGGAGCCGCUGCUCAAGAUGCUGGAGGCUGGCCACGGUUUAUUGCGCGAGCCCGCUGAAGUUCAAUCCUCGCUCGGAUCGCGCAAUGAUAAUUUGCGUUAUCUCGACCCAAAGCUGGCGCGGAGGGGCUGCUUUUUCGGCCGCGCUCUGUCGGAGCUGUUCGACGCGGGCGCGGCGAGGGUGGACCCCGGGAACGCCUUGGAGGAGAUUGGUUUAUUUUUCGCGCGGCGCAAAGACCACAGACUUCGCUUGAUCGCCGAUGCUCGCGCUGCUAACCUUCACUUCGUCGAGCCUGCCUACGCGGAGCUCGCUAGCCCGGAGGCCCUCGCCGCCAUCGAGUGCGACGGGCCCGACAUGAUAGGGUUCUGCUCUGGGGGCGUCGAUGCGUGCUCUUACCGGUAUGAGCUGCCUGAGUGGGCGAGGCGGUACUUCACCUUGCCCACGAUUAAGGCUCAGUGCUUGCCUGCUGCGCUGCGUGGUCGGUCGGGGCUGGCUCGCGACACUUCAGAGCUCAAGUUCAGGUUCCGCGUCGCGCCGACGGGCUGGAGCUGGGCGGUCCACCUGACACAGCAGGGCCACUUACACGCCGUGGAGAGAGCGCUCCAGAGUGGCCGCUGGGUUCUCGACGAGCGGCCCGGCGUUGACCUUCGGCAUGGCGACGCGAAGGUGCUCUACAUCGACAAUUUCGCCGUCGCCUCCGUCGACCAGGCAUGCGACGGCAGCAAGGCCGAGCUGCUGGGCUGCGAGCUGGGCCGGACCACUGGCCGAUGGCGUAUCAAGCCUAAGCGUUUGUGGCGGCUCAUGGGCGCUCUCGACUACCUGCUUGAUGCCAAGGGCAGGAAGGUUACAGGGCGCGAGGUUGAGCGCGUCCUGGGGCGCAUCGUGGCCGCGUGCACGCUGAGACCUGGCCUGAAGCGCCAGCCGCUGCGGCCCACCGCUCGACGCGAGCUCUUCUGGGCACGCUCGCUGCUGCCUUGCAUCGUCGGCGAGAUGGGCAAGGCCUGGUCCUCGACGGUCACCGCCUACGACGCCUCACCUUGGGGCUACGGCGUCGUCGAGACGGAGUGGGAGCCUGCUGCGGUCGCCAGUCGCGGUCGCUUCUCUGAGCGCGCUCGCUUCCGCGGGCCACUUGCUGCUGCUGGCGCCCCCUGGGAUCGCGCCCUGGAGGCUGAGGCGGCGCAGGCUCCGGGCGCCGCCUUGAUCCUGACCGGCCGGGUGUCGGAGUUCCCCGAGGUCAGCGCGAGGGCCCUGACCGAGGCUACCUGGCGCGUGGUGGGCUGCGGGCGCUGGAGGCGGCGCGAGGCAAUCCACUGCCUCGAGGCCGCCUCUGUCUGCUGGGCCGCGAGGCGCAUUGUUAAGCACGCCCGGCGGCGUGGCCAGCGCCACCUCGUGCUGGGAGACAACAUGUUCGCCACCCUUGCAUUGGCAAAAGGAAGAGCUCCGGAUCAUCGUCUGUUGCUUGCCUGCCGAGUCGUCUUCGCGGUCAGCGUCGCGGCCGACAUCCGGCUGCGCUGUCGGUGGCUACCCUCGGAGUGGAACCCCAGCGAUCAGGCCUCUCGUCGGCGUCAGCCGCCUGGGCUCAAGCACGAGCGUGGGCGCGGGCAGCAUGCAGAGGAGGGCGCUGACGGCCCGGUUGCCGAUUCCGCCGUCCACCUGGGGUUCAGGCUCAGGCCCAGCCGAAGGGAGAGGCAGUCGAUCCCGCUCGGCGCGCCGAGCGACCCGAGGCUUGGGCUGACCGAGCAGCGCGGCGACGUGGAGGUGCGGCGCCGGGUCGAGGGAGGGCGGCAGCUAGUCCGCCCUCGCUUGCCCCGGCUGGCCGCCGAGAAGGCGAGGCUGAAGACCCGGGCGAUCUACUUAGGCUUCGUGGAGUGGCUCUUUGACAAAGGCGGGGCUGCUGCGACUGCGAAGCGAGUCGGCCCCGCCCUGCUCUGGGGAGAUCCUCGCCUUGCUCUGGGAUCCUUGCGGACCACCUUCCCGGUCCUGCAGCAGGCGCUGAAGGGCCGGGUCCAGCGACGACCCGAGUUCUGGCGGCCCCCGCUGCCCCGGGUGUCGGUGGCCGCUGCGGCCCGAGAGCUGCUCGACCUCAACAUGGGCAUGGCAGCGCUCGGGAUCAUGAUAGCGUUCGAAACUUACAUGCGCCCCUCCGAGCUGCUGGCGCUCCUGACCGACCACGUCGUGCUGCCCAUCCCAGGCGAGGCGGGGGCCGCCCGCUGGCUGACCUUCGUCAUCCGGGCGCAGGAAGCGCUGGUGCCGUCCAAGACGAACGCGUUCGACAUCAGCGUGCCGCUGGACUUGGGGAGGCAGUGCUGGCUAGCCCGCUGUAUGGAGGUGGUGGUGCGCCGCCGUGGCCCGGGCAGUUCGCUCCUCGGCCUCGCGUGCGCGGACUUGGCCGCGGCCUUCAAGACGGUCUUGAAAGGGGUUGGUGCCCCGGCGCUGCAGGGCACCCUCUACUCGCUCCGCCGCGGCGGCGCCAGCCACGACCGGAGCAUGGGCGCCGGGCCCUUGGCCGCCGUGCAGCAGCGCGGCAGGUGGCGCGCGUUCCAGAGCGCCACGCGCUACGAGAAGCACGGCCGCCUGGGCCUCGAGCUGCAGAAGUUGGGGCCAGCGCGCUUGGCGCUGCUCCGGCAAAGGUCGGCUGGUAUCGAGCUCGCCUGCGAGAGGUGCUUCGGGUUGCGCUGGAGGCGACGCGCGGCCGGCAGUCCAGAGUGA